UUCACAUAAACCACAAAGACCAGUAGAAUUCCAACUUGCAGUUGUUUUAUACCGUCUAGGGGGAAAAGCAUCAGUUUGGGAUACAGCAUCAAAAUUUGGAAUUGCAGAAGGAUCAGUAAUGAAACAGCAAGUUCAUAAUGGAUUUCAACAAAUGUAUAGGUUUCCUAAUGUGAUUGAUAUAAUUGAUAACUCAUAUCGAUAUAUAAACCUUCUCAAAGCUCCAAUAAAGACGUUUAUGUAUACUCGAAAACGUCGAUAUGCAAUACACCUUCAAGAGGGUACCGAAAGGUCAAAAUCCCGAUAUAUUA